AUGGAGGGCAGCGGCUGGCAGAGUGAAGGAGGAGGGCCGGGAGGAGGGGGAGGAGGAGGGAUCAUGGAGGAGACAGACCAGCUGUACAGCAAAGAACCUGAUAGGUUGAAGAUGGAGGUAGAGAGACUGAAAAGCCAAGUGACGGCAGCAGAACGGACCGCUAGGAAGCUCAGGGAGGAUUUGGCGACGGAGAGGCAAGAGAGGACGUACACAGAAGCAGAGAGAAGAGCUCUGAAAGAAGCUUACGAUGCACUUCAACAAUCAUACGAAGUAAAUGGACAGUUGCUGGCGAACUCGAACCAGAAAGUUAUGAUGCUUGAGGAAGAGUGCGAGCGUCUCCGGGGACAGAUGAGAACCAGCACGUCUGUUGAAGAGUAUUCGAGGCAGAACAUAAGAGCGGAGCUGCAGGAGACUAAGGAGGAGCUUGACAGAGCAUACAACCAAUUAGAAGAGCUCAGGACGCUAAGGGAUGCAGAGCUCGAGCAUGAGAAAGACCGAGCGAUUGAGACUCAGAAAGCUCUUGAGAACGGACUGUUCUACAGAGAUGAAGCCAAUCGCCUCUACCAAUCAGUGGAGGACCUAGAGCGACAGAAAGAAGCGCUGGAAAAGGCGAAGGGCAUGACUCUAGGAAGGAUGAAGCAGCUAGAGGAGAACCUUCAGAAUGCGCUCUUUGACCUCAAGCGAGAGCGAAGCUUGAACCGCUUCGUGACGGCCGGGCUCUUCAUGUCCUUGGAGGCAGGCAAGCGCUUCGACAAGACGUACAAAGUCUUCAAGCGUCGCACGCAGGAGCUUCAGAGUCAGAACCAGCACUUCUACCAUCAGGCUGUUGCCCUGCAGGCUAGAGGUCAGUACGAGGCGGCAAGCGAGAAGUACGAGCAGGCGCUGGCAGCUGACAUGAGCAACACGUCGGUGCUCUGCUCCUACCUGUUCCUCCUUGAGCACUGCAUGGACGAUCGCGAAGCUUCCUUCGCCCUCCUGCAGCGGCUGAUCGACCACAUCGAAGGAUCGAAGCUAUCGAGAACGAGCCAGAGGAACCUGACGGAGUCCAACUUGAAUCUGCUGGAGCUAGAGCUUUCAAGAGCCCGCAAGGACCUCAAGAAGAUUUUCCGACACAUCCAUGCAUUCACGACCGCUGACGAUCCGUCCAAGUCAAAGGCCGCCAAGAAGAUCAUGAGCUAUGAGAAGUUGUCAGGCAACGAGUCGCUGGACUCGAGCUCCAACGUCUCUUCCUCCACUAUCUUCUCCAAGCACCGAGACUCGGCGCACAAGAUCGCGCACCUUCAGUCCGACAUCAGCAAGUUGUUGGACAUGCACGACAUCAAGCAGGAGGUAAGCGCCAUGGUGCUGCAAGAGAUCGCCGCUAGGAUGCAACCAGCACAAGUAGCGAGAGGCUUCAAAGCGCGCAAGUCAAGAUCAUCGCAAGCGUCGGACGAGGACUCACAAUUCGAUGAUUUCGACGAGGACGCGAGCCUGAGAGAGUCGCAGGAAGACUUCGACGAUGAGUUCGAGGAUGACGAUGAUGACUUCAUCGACGAGGGGGAGGAGGAAGAGGAGGAGGAGGAGAGAACAGCGCAUGAUGAAAGGACCGCAAGAAGUUCACAACGACAGCAGACCAACGACACGCUUGAUCGCAUGAUGUCUGAGCUGGAUGUGCUCGACAGAAAUUCUUCCGGGAACAGAAGAAAGCCGAUGAGAUGA